AGGCGGGGCGGGCGGAAGUCGUGCUGGGAGCGGAGGGGCUCCCUCCCUUCCGACGACCCGAGGUGACAGUCUACUUCCGGGGCGCCGGGGAUUGCUUUGGUCGGCCGCAGCAGCUCUCUAUGGAGGUGUUCUAAUCAUGUCUGAAAAUGAUGGUGUGAAGAAUAUGGCAACAGUAGAAGAAAUUCCCAGUUUCGAGAGCAGAAACAGUGGGCCAAACAAGGAACCUCAUUCUGCUGACCCUAGUGCCAAGCAAGAGUCUGAAUCAGAGCCUAUUGCCCCUACUCGUAAAAGACCUGAAAUAAAACCUCCUAGUGAGCCUGUGACUGUGGAUGUUCUCCCGGAUGAAGGACUGAAGCCUGUAGGCAAGGAACCUGUUUCCAAAGAAGUACCCCAAACAGGAUGGGGGUACUGGGGAAGCUGGGGCAAGUCUUUGCUUUCUUCUGCUUCAGCUACUGUAGCCACUGUAGGACAAGGCAUUUCAAAUGUCAUUGAGAAAGCAGAGACUUCCCUUGGCAUCCCUAGCCCUGCUGAAAUUUCAUCUGAAGCUCAAAACACAGAAGAGGCUAAUGUCAAAGCAGGAAGCACCUAUAAAGAGGAUGGAAAUACCUCACCAGUGGGUGCAGCACUAGGUGUAUUCUCAACUAUUUCUACGGCUGUUCAGAGUACGGGAAAGAGCGUUAUUACUGGAGGCUUAGAUGCUUUGGAGUUCAUUGGGAAAAAGACAAUGGAUGUGAUAGCUGAAGGUGAUCCUGGAUUUAAAAAAACCAAGGGCCUAAUGAACCGAAAUUCUACAUUGUCUCAGGUUUUGCGAGAGGCAAAAGAUAAGGAAGAGCUGAGGACAGCCAAUGAGGUUACCAUGGAUACUGACAAAAAAGCUCAUUAUGGAUUACUCUUUGAUGAAUUUCAAGGCCUUUCACAUCUAGAAGCUUUGGAGAUGCUUUCUCGAGAGAGUGAAAUAAAGGUGAAAUCCCUCACUAACUCUCUGUCUGGUGAAGAAUUAGAGAAUCUAAAACUUGAAUUGGAGCAACUCAAAGAAACUUUUUCAUUAGCGGAGUUCAGUGAUGAAGAGGAAGAUGAAAAAAAGGAAGAUGAAGAUUUCACUACAGAGAUAACAGAGCUGUUUUCCCAGCUGCAUGUUUCUACCAGACCUGACAAACUGACCAAAGCAAGAAAUACCGUUCAUGAGUGGAUCAGGAUGUCUAGUUCCAAACCUUUAACAGAGGAAGAAGAAGAAGAAAGAAAGCAAGUAGAGCUGGAGAAUCCAGAGCAAGAAGAUAAAAAAACAAUAGAGGAUAUUCAUGCAUUUGCCAUCCAAAGCCUGGCAGAACUGACAGCCUACUCCAUUGAAAUGUUCCAUAAAACAGCAGCAUUGAUUCUACAUGGCCAAAAGCAGGAGAUAACUGCUCUAAAGAGAAGCAAAACCCUUUCCCAAAUGACAAUUUUGUUGUGUAAAGAAUUGUCUUCAAUGUCUAAAGAAUUUGCCACAUGCCUGACAACUGUUGGGGUCAAAGAAAAGGCAGAUGUGCUUAAUCCACUAAUAACUGGUGUGUUUCUAGAGGCAUCCAACAGUGCUUCAUAUGUCCAAGAUGCCUUUCAAUUACUUCUUCCGGUGCUUGAAAUCUCCCUCAUUCAGAGCCAAAUUGAAUCAUCACAGUCCCAAUGAGCUCCAUACUAGCAGAAGAGAGGGGAUUCCUCAGUUACAGAAGCCAAUGUGAAGAAAUGUUUAAGGACAAUAAGUUUUGACCUUGAGCUUCCAGCAAUGACUAAAAAGUGCCAGACCACUUUUGAGCCUCAUUGUCCUGAUGAUGCAGAAACGAAAGAGAGGGUAAUGGGAAAUUUCUGUAGUCUAGACAACCAGGCAAUCUAGCAGGUCAAAAGAGUAAACUUGUUGCCUUCAUUGUUUGACCAAGACUGUUCAGUUCCUCUUUCCGCUACUACAGAUAGUUAUGUGCAUUAAUAAAUUCUUUGAAAGAAGACUUGGAGAAGAUCCAAGAUGAAUAGCUCUUGAAAAAAGGUUAGCAUCUUCUGCUAAUAUGAUGUUUAACCAAAAACAUCUGUUCCACUUUGACUUGAUGCAUACAGUCCAAACACUAUAAAUCCUUUCUGAAGGAAAAACUGGAUCUUUGAAAACAGUUUUUUCUCUUCAGACAGCACACAGAUCUUUCGCUGUGUGGGUGAAAAAGAAUUUAAUUUUGUAUGCCCAGAUCCUAUUGUUUGAUCUGGAAAUGUCACAUACUUUUUUCCUUCCCAGAAUAAAAACUUCAGCUUUAUGAUGGUCAUUAGACUUUG